CCCUCUCGUAUCUGUUCCCGUCUAUUACACUUGCACCCGCUACUUACACGCGUUCGUUCACGACUAGCAACGAUCUCCAGGACCAGCAGCCUCUGAACCCUUUAUACACACUAUGUUGUCUCACGUCUCCGUUAUCCUUGCCACUCUCUCCGCUGCACGUUUUGCAGUAGCUGCGCCGACGCCGGACCCCGAGCCUGAGUUUGAGCUCAUUCGUCGCCAGGGCCUUGCAGCAGUAUACAGCUCUUGCUCUCAGCCCAAUACCGUUGCAUUGACCUUCGAUGAUGGGCCGUACAUUUAUGAAUCAGACAUCGUUAAUACGCUUAACAAUGCCGGAAUUAAGGCCACUUUCUUCGUCAACGGGAACAACUAUGAUUGCAUUUACGAUGACAAUAUCUAUCCACAACUUCAACAUGCAUACGACUCGGGUCACUUGAUUGGAAGUCAUACGUGGGCACACUUGGACCUUUCGCAACAGUCUUGGGACAAGAUUCACGACGAAAUGUGGAAAGUCGAGCUUGCGAUGAUGCGUAUUCUUGGCGCAUCACCCGCGUGGAUGCGUCCGCCAUACGGUAACUACAACGACCAAGUUCGCUCCGCAUCUGCAAUCCGUAACCAGAGCCUCGUCCUCUGGGAUUUCGAUUCUGGUGAUUCCACUGGUUCAUCAGCACAGCAGAGCAAACAAGCGUACACGGACCUCGCCAAUCGUCGUCCGAACAAUGUUCUUGCUCUCAAUCAUGAGACAUAUUCAUCAACUGCGUAUGAUGUGCUGCCGUUCGCAAUCCAGACUCUCAAGGCGAAAGGGUACAACUUUGCUACUGUAGCGGAAUGUCUCGGUGGACUACCGGCCUAUCACAGCGUCGGUCCUCGAGGCACUAAGGAUAGCUCCUGGACCUGCUAAAUGCGUUUAUUCAUGAGAUGGACAUUUACUCAGACACUUCUCUUUCGGACUCUCAACCUUUCGUCAUCACUCCCGCUUUCGCUUCUUGUGACAAUUAUCACCAUUCAAUUCGGACAAGCAUUUUAAUCCACUAUUCGAUUUCGAUUCUUUCCUAUCUGACAUUAGUGCUCAUGAUCACGACUAUUUUUUCAUGGAUACUGUGACGACCUCGCUUUACGACAAUUACAUUCUUGCUGAGCCAGGCGAACUUGUAUCUUGAUAGCAGAACAAUUCGGACUUUCAAUCCUGUUUCUUCUGUAAUUUUCCCGUCUAUUAUCUUAAUUCGCCUGGCUGGAAAUUCAUGAUAUGACAAAUUUUCUCGAAUUAUUACAUAUUACUUUG